AUGAGAAGCCAUAGCAGUUUGGUUCAUAGAAAUGAUGUUGAAACACCGAGAAAUACAGACAUCGAUGGAGGUUGGCAAUUGGUUUACAAAUCAACUGAUGAUGCAAUGGGUGGAAAAAGAGAAGGAUUGCAAAGGGUUUAUUUGCAUGCAGAUCCUUCUGCGGCUGUAGUGUCUCAGGCUCCGCAUAUUUCUUUUGUUUCAACUUCUGGGUAUGAAAUUCCUAUAGAUGGUGGCGAAGCUUUUCAGGCUGCUGGUAUAGUCAGCCGACCAGUUCUUGGAACUAGUUAUGCGUUGAGUAUGACAGAAGUCGCUGCAAUAGGACUUCAAAUUCUUCAACAGGCUGCUGGCAUAAAUGGAUUUAUUUUCUAUGCUCCUCAUAUUCUUGAGCAGGAAGGAGUAGGAGUUCUUCUAUCAAAUUUAGGCAUCAGUUCAAUAUCUGCUUCUUUCCUUGUAAAUAUCAUUAUAUCAUUUUGUAUGCUUCCUUGUAUAGCAAUUUAUGUAAGGCUCAUGGAUGUUGCGGGCAGAAGGUCAAUCAUGUUGUACACAAUAUCAAUUUUGAUAGUAUGUUUCAUAGUAUUAGUAUUGAGACAAUUUUUUCAACUCAGCCCUGUCCUAAAUGCAUCAAUUUCAGCUAUCAGUGUUGUGGUCUAUGAAAGUGUCUUCUGCAUGGGCCUUGGUAUUAUUCCCAGCAUCAUAUGUUCAGAAAUCUUCCCGACUAGUGUUCGUGGAAUCUGCAUUUCCCUUACUUCUCUUACAUAUUGGGCUUGCAUAUUGGUUGUCACAUUGACAUUCCCUUAUUUGCUCCAACUUCUCAGUCUCAGCGGCGUCUUCUCUCUAUUUAUUGGUGGCUGCAUCAUUUCAUGGAUAUUUGUUUACUUAAAAGUUCCUGAAACAAAGGGUAUGCCUUUGGAAGUUAUUAUUGAGUUUUUUGCUCUUGGUUCAAAGCCUGGUACUGAUCCUGCAGAAUUUGGAAUGAAAGAUUAA